AUGAAAAAAAGGAUCUAUGUCUUCCUAAUGGUUCAUUUUAUUUACAGUUACUACAUGUGUGAUCACAGCAUUGGUGGUCAUUGUUGUCAUUCGCAUAAAGCCGAUAAUUCCCCAUCGUUCAGCUUGUACUGGUUUAUUGAUACACAUAAUGUAGAAUGUUUGAAUGAAUCUGUUUCUGGAAGUGGUAAACUUGUUUUCAAGCCUUAUGAGGAUCGUAAAGAUUCAACUGUUUAUGUUGAAAGUGAUGUUGAUCAGGAAUUGUUAUUUAAUAUACCGUUUACUGGAAAUAUAAAACUAAUGAGUAUUAUUAUUUCUGGUGCUGAUACCGAACAACAUCCAAGUCAAGUGUCGUUGUACAAAAAUAAACCUUUCAUGACAUUUGAAGAUUUAAGUGCUGAAUGUGAACAAUCACUCGAAUUAACUGUUGAUCCAAAUGGUGAAGUGAUAUAUCCAUUGAAAAUUUCACGAUUUUCUAAUGUGCAAACACUGAGUUUACAUUUUAGUGCUAAUUACGGGGGUGAUACAACACGGAUUCACUACAUUGGCUUGCGGGGAGAUUAUACACCAGCACCGAGACGAGAAGCUGUUAUUACAAAUUACGAAGUAACUCCAAAUGUUUCCGAUUUAAAAGACAAUAUAUUACAAACCCAGAGUCGUUUUGUUGAAUAAAUAUAA